CAAAAUUUUGCUAAGUGAAAGCGUGUCAACAAAGUGUAACAAAUAAAUUUAGGCAUUACGUAGCAAGAGUGCUACAUAUUGAGGCUAGAAAUCCUUUAGCAGACAAAUUCUUUAUGUCAAUAGUAUACUAGGUAUAUCUUUCACGGUCACGUAUGAACUUGGUUUUUUUUAUCAAAUAUCUAUCUGGUAAAUCGCUGUCGCGGUAUUUAAUUUGUACUCAAAUUUGCGAUAACAAUACCAUUAAUAACAGCAGUUUUGUGUUUUAAUAACGGAUGGAGGCUAAGCUGCGGGAGUACCGCGCUCGACGCCGACGCCAAGAAUUAGUUGAAAACACUAAAGAAAAACUUGAAACUACCAAAAAGACAUUAGCAGACAUAUUGUUGCCAAAAUUAUUUAACAAAAUGAACAAAGAAAAGAAAGACGAAGAGGUGUAUUUGCUAGAUGAAGAAGAAAAACCACCACCAAAAUUCAUUCCGCUACAAACAGAAGAUCCUGCUGAAGUAGCCUCUGAUGCUAGCGAAUUAGAAUCUGUAGCUGAAGAGACACAGGAGUCAUGGCGUUAUUUUAUUGUAAAAUGGUCUCUAUAUACUAUCAUCUGGAUAACCUUGUUUGCAUUCUUCUUAAACGUUGGCUUCGGAGCUGUGUUUUUUGUAAUAUCAGCUUUAGUUUUCAUCUGUAUAAAUACACGAACAAAGAGAAAGAAACCUGGAGAAAUUUCUGCAUAUAGUGUAUUCAAUGAAGAUUGUAAAAGUAUAGACGGGACAUUGAAUGCUGAAGAAUUGCAACGUCAAAUGAUGUUCGGAAUGGGUGGACUGAGAUUGGUUUAGUAUUAUACUAUUUAUUAUAAAGUUGCUCCAAAUUACAAACUGUAGCUGUAUUUCUAUUCCUUGCAUAUUUACAAGAAUGUAUUUACAAUAUGUGAAAGUAACAUACUUUCAGUAAUAUCUAUUGACUUUAUGUGUAAUGCACCUUGUUGUAGUAUUCAUUUAUACAUACAUAUUACAAUCUUUACAUAGUAGAACAGAGUAAGGAAGUUAAGGCUUUAUUUACAAUGCCGCAGAAAGGAAUGGAAGCCGCGGAACGGAAUGGAAGUCGCGGUACGUAAUGGAAGCUAAUUUUUGUAAACAUGACACAUUAACAUAGUGAGUCAAUUUGUGUAAUGUACAAACUAAAUACGAGCCAAAUAACCGGAUCGCACCUCUUCCGGAAGAUUCUCGCGUAAUCUCGGAGUUACUCACAGCUAUCAUAUCGUAUAUAUUUUGUAUGUUACACAGUUGUCAUAAAGUUCAUUAUGCUAUGUAUAAUUACAUUACAAAAAUACGAUUCCGUCCCAAUAUUCAGGUAUAUUGAGCCUUAAAGUUUGUAUGCAUCGACAAACUUUUGGCCUUUUCACCUACUGUACUUCUUUUAAUUGUUAUAUAAACAAGUAUUAAGAAACUUGUCUGCUGUACUAUAGAAAACUAUAGACCUAUAGAAACUUGAGUACUAUACAAACUUGUAUGUAUGUAUCUCCUGUUUGUGAUAAAUAAAGACGUAUAAACUAAGUAAAUAAUAUGACUUUGUUAUUUUUAAAUAACAAACAUUGGUUAAUGAAGACA